AUGUCAAAAGAAGUUGUUGAAAAUGGGCUAUUUCGUGUCCAGUCAUUAGUUGAUAAACUAUCCUUAACCGAAAGAAAACAAUUAUCAAUUUACUUGCAGCAACAUCUCACCAAAGAUAUAAUUUCCUUGCUGCCAAUUCCUCUCGCUUCUCACCUACUUGAAUUCCUAGAUGCCGAAAACUUGUGUAAAAUUCGAGAAGUUUCUAAAACUUUGAAGGAUCGAGCGACGGAUAACGCUCUUUGGAAACGUCAAUGUAUUCUCGCCGGUUUCCCCAUCACUCAUAUUUCGAAAUCCUUUAAUUACAAUAAUAAUGCCGAAGACUAUUUUUUUCAAUUAUAUAAGCAUCAUGUAAUUGUCCAGAAAAACUGGGAGAGGCAAAACUUUUCUCAACAUCUCAUUCGUGCUCACUCUGAAGGUAUCACAUGUAUCGCAGGAUCCGAACAUGGAGACAUAAUUUAUACAGGUUCUUUCGAUAAGACUGUAAAAAUUUGGGAUUUGUUCAAUCAGAGCUGUCGUAAAUCAUUAAAAGAUCAUUCCGAAGGUGUUCAGUGUCUGGUUUUGGGGAAAUCCAUUCUUGCUUCAGGCAGUUGGGACAAAAGUAUCAUCGUAUAUGACAUUACCAAUGAUCAUUCGAUUAAACAUAGACUAAAUGGUCAUUUAGCUGGUAUUAUUUCGUUGACAAUGGAUCCCAACGAAUCUGUUCUCUUUUCAGGUUCUGUAGACAAAACCAUUAGAAUUUGGAAUAUACAUACCGGCGAUUGCUUGCAAAGAUUGUAUGGUCAUGAUGGUACAGUGGGAACAUUGAUGCUAAUACCUCGAGUUUCCUCUUUGACUAUAAACCAGGAACAAGAACAAUAUUGGUUAAUUUCCGGAUCGAAUGACAAUUCCAUUUUGAUAUGGGAUUUAAAUCCUUCUGAAGAACAAGUGUCAAGUUUUCAAUCACCCUCAUCACCUUCAUCCAUAAAACCUCAAAUUUUCCAGAGAUUAGAGGGACAUACUAGAGCAGUUACUUGCCUUGCUUGGUAUAAAGAUAUCGUGCAGCAGCUCGAACAAGAUCGGCUUCAUGAUUCACCGCAUUCAAUCCACAUUGAUACUUUAGGUUUUCUUGCCUCGAGAUCGUCUUCACCUUGCACAAAUAUUAUCCAAGAAGUUGAACUUAUGGAUUUGGACGAUCCAGAUUCGUUAAUUCAGUCUACAAAUGUCAAUAGCGAAUCUAUUCAAUAUCAUCGUCAAAGAAACCAUCACAAUCGUUUAGAUAAUUCGCAAAUUCCUUCUUCUCCAUCAAACACCGUUACCCCUCCACCAAGUCCACCCGAAGACCAUAAUAUGCAUACUCGAAAUGACUACAGUAACAAUAUGGAAUUAAGCGAUACAGAUAUAUUUCAUAGAUCUACUUUUAUUUUUUCCGCAUCUGCUGAUUCUACGAUCCGUAUGUGGGAUCUAACUACGGGUCAACUAUUACAUUCCACCAAAGAACAUACCGAUAUCGUCUGGGACCUUCAAUGUAACGAAUCGCGUCUUGCAUCCGUCUCUUCUGACGGAUGUAUAAAAUAUUAUCAAUUAAGCGAUUCACGCCCUUUAGUAGUGCCAAGAACGAGAAGUUCUUUUAAUAUUCCAUUUCCUGCCGUUACUCUUGCACAUAUAGAUAGCGGAGUAACAUGCUUAAAAAUGACACGAGAAUGGCUGAUCUGUGGAACAGAAGAUGGUGUAUUGAUUGCACUUGAAUUCUUUAUUCGAGACUAA